GUUAGCUUUCUUCUUCUUCGUCUUCCGAUUUCAACGUUGUUGUGUUUAUCUUCUUCUUCUUCUUUAUCAUAAACCCGACGAUUUUUCACCUGAGAUAAUCAAAAUUUUUUGAAGGAAUCUUUGAUUGCUCUCUGUUAAAAUCUUCUUCGAAGAGAACUAAAUCGUCGUACGUUUACUUGGUUGGUGGAGAUGAGUUCGGCUCUACCUUUGAAGCCUAUGUUACCUCUUACAACAACAUCGCUACCUUCUCCGUUCCGAUCCGAUAACCCUAAUUUCUAUCGCCGUCGUUCCUCUUCCUCUACUUCGUGUUCUUCCCAAUCUCCUUCUUAUUCUUCGUCGCUUUUCUCUGUUAGACGACGCCGAUUUAGAUCCUCCUCUCCCUCCUCUAUUCCCAUGAUUCAUGAUGAAGUUGUUGUUAAGUUUAGUUUUCUUGGAACAGAAGAUUUAAUGAGCGCAGAAGUUAUGUGCUUUCCUGAACACACGAGGGAUCAAGAGGACGACGUAGAAGAUAUUUGGAUUAGCAAAGAAGACAAUGUGACAUGUAGGUUUGAAUCUGAUGAAGACACCACCACUACCGCACUCAGGAUUCCAACUCAGGCUCAGGCUAUCGUUGAAGGACCUGGUUCAGUUACUGUGUCAGAGCUACAACCAACCCCUGAUGUGGAUUAUAUACAAGAGCUGUUGGCUAUACAGCAACAAGGACCUAGAUCAAUUGGCUUCUUUGGAACAAGAAAUAUGGGUUUCAUGCAUCAAGAGCUCAUUCAGAUUCUCAGCUAUGCUAUGGUUAUAACUAAAAACCAUAUAUACACUUCAGGUGCAUCUGGAACCAAUGCAGCUGUUAUAAGAGGUGCACUUAGAGCAGAAAGACCAGAGCUUCUCACCGUUAUCUUACCUCAAAGUCUUAAAAAACAACCUCCUGAGAGCCAGGAACUACUGUCAAAAGUACAAAACGUGAUAGAAAAGCCUCACAACGACCAUUUACCAUUACUAGAAGCCAGCAGGCUUUGUAACAUGGACAUCAUAUCACAAGUGCAACAAAUCAUCUGCUUUGCGUUUCAUGACAGUAAGCUUCUCAUGGAAACAUGUCAAGAAGCCAAAAAUCUCCGGAAGAUUGUUACUCUCUUCUACCUCGAUUGAUUGAUUGGUUUCAGUUUUCCCACGUCUUCAGUCUUCUUACUGUUUUUGUUCAUCUUCUUCUUUAAAGAUGGAUUUGGAGAAAGACAAGCUCCAAUUGUAAAUUAGGAAUCCUCAUCUACACAUACACAACCUAUUCUUUGUCAUACAUUCUAAAUUUUCGAUUGGCUUUAUAGGAUGUCUCUAUCAUUUUUAAGAUAGUUUGUGGCUAAAGAAGUUUCGUUA